GUGCAAGCUAAAUGGAUGGGACUUGUGUUCUGUUGGCUUUCCACGGAAUGGCAUCAGAAUUUGUCUUCUUCUAAAUUGUUUUGUAGGCAAGCUGAACCAUGCUGUAUAAACCAAGAAACAGAAUGUGAUGAUAGGAGAUCACAGAGGAGGCGAGAAGAGAGAGCUACAUACAAAGAAAGAGAAGCUUAUGAUCAGUCAUCGUGGCAUCAUCACAGUGCAUCACAAAGGGACUGGAAAUGGGAAAGGGAUGAUUAUAUUAAUUCUAGACAGGGCCAAUUUUCACACUCCCAGAGGAACGCUAAUAUAAGUAGGCAUCCAGGUGGCCCAAGGGGACGCUCUGGGUGGCACCAAAAUGUUUCAGGAAGCUCUUCAAGUUGGCAUAACUAUGGGAAUUCUGGAAUUGUUUGGCAUCCAAAUGGGCAAGGAGGAGGAACAUCAAAUUGGCAUCACAGUGCCAGAGGGAGAAAUUCUACUUGGCACACAGAAGGAACUGGUAAUUUUUCUAGCUGGAAAUGUAGAAGUUAUGGAGGAAACUGGCAGUCUAGUUCUCAUGGCGCAAACAGCUGGAAUUUUGGAAGCUCUGGAGAUACAUAUUUAUUAGAGCCACCUAAAUAUAAUAAGGAAAGAUAUACGUGGCAGUGGCAGGAGAAAGACGUGACUGAUGUUCUUCCAUACAGAGAUCGAAACAAUAGGAGUGACUCACUUGGUUUUACUAGUGAUAAACUUACUUCUGAGGGGGCAUUGGAUUUUGGUACUUCCAGGCAACCAGAAAGCAAAGCUCCAAGAAACAGUGGAAAAAGUGGGAGCCCUUCAAGAGAUAAAAUACAUCGCUGGACUCCCUACCCAUCCCAAAAAUCUACAGAGCAGCAAUCGUGGUUUGAAGAUGUUUCUAAAGCUACAGAGAAAAUGGAUUCUAUAUUUUUGCCUCUUACUGAAUCAUCAGUAAAAGGAAAAACUUGUGAAGCCGCUGCUAGCAUCCCAAAAGUUAAAAAAUGGGAAGUAUCUUCCCGUUCUAAUGUAACACUAGAUUACCCUGGUUCCAGUGAUGAAAAGCCUGACAAAGAUGAUGGCAGAAGUAGUAGGAUGCCAUCACUGAAAUCCCCUCUUCUAAAUAUCAUGGACGUUAAGUUGUCUUCCCAGAAGCUGGAUACAAAAAGUCUGUUCAAAAAUGUCAAGUCUCUGUUAUUCUCACCUAGUAUCAAAGAACAGAACCAUUUGAAAGCACUGAAUCUGGAAGCUAACAAUUUACCUUCUUUGUCGUCAGAGCAACAUGAUGCAUCUGCUGGCGACUUACAAGGCAACAGCAAAGACACACUUAGCAGUAAUCUUGGUGAGCAUGUUGAUAAUUUAGGUGAAGCAGAACAAAAACCCAAAGAUGUUCAGUCUAACCAUUCCUUACAAAAUGCUCCCUUAAACUCUUGCAAGAAUACAAGUGACCAGAAUAUGGGAGAAACGGGGAAAGCAUCACCAAAGAAUGAGUUCAGGCUACAUUCAUUAGAAGAUGUGAGUGACGAUGAGUUAACAGGAAGAGAGAAAGUAGAAGAAAAACAGAGUCCUUCUGUUAGUUCUUGUUUACUCUGCGACACUCCAGAAGGUCAACUUGCUGCCUCUGAAAAGGAUGUUGAUGAAAAGCCAUCUGCUUCAAGCAUUGCAUCUGCUGAUCUGAAAGAUUCUGCAUUUCAGAUGGAAUCCACAGAUUCUCCAUCAAACAGACAGGAGCUCUUGCACGUGGGUUUGAAAACCUCCUCACAGGAAGGAGAAGUGAAUGAAGAGCAUGUCAAGUCAGGUGGUCGCUUUGAAGUGGAAGGUUUUGAAAAUCAUUCAGAUCAUGAGCUGCAGAAAGGAGGAAGUCAAUCACUAGGCCUCCUUCCUGAUUUAAGUAAACUUGGCCUCCCGGCCUCUCUGCAAAGAGACCUGACACGGCAUAUUAGUUUGAAGAGCAAAGUGGGAAUACACCUUCCGGAGCCCAAUCUCAAUAACGCACGGCGCAUUCGGAAUGUCAGUGGUCAUCGGAGAAGUGAAACUGAGAAAGAGUCGGGGCUUAAACCCACCCUCAGGCAGAUCCUUAGUGCUUCCCGGCGAAACGUGAACUGGGAUCAAGUCAUCCAGCAGGUAUCAAAGAAGAAACAGGAACUUGGCAAAGGUUUACCAAGGUUUGGUAUAGAAAUGGUGCCUCUUAUUCAAAAUGAUCAAGAGUCUCUAGAACUUGUUGAAGAAUCUGAUUUGUCUACUCUGGAAGGAUUCCAGUGGGAAGGGAUUUCCUUAGCAGCGCCUGGGUCAGCCAGAAAACGUAGCUUUUCUGAAAGCAGUGUCAUUGCAGACAGACACCCUUCUGCUUACAGCUUUUUUAGUGAACAACCCAAAGCAAAAGAAUGUGAGGAAAGGCAAGUAGUUGCAGCCAGACGCUUACAUGAUAUAACAUCUGGAUAUGAGGCAAGUGUUGACAUACGAGCUGACUUGAAACAGGAGACCUCUUCUCUUUCUUUGUCACCGUUUGAAUCUGAAAGAACUGAGACCACUGGAAGGAAACACAGCCUACAGGCUACUUCUGAGCUCACUGGCUUCAUAAAAGCAGAGCAAGACAGUCCAGAUAAGAGAGCACCUCUUCUUGAAAAACCGAAUGUGUUAGAAGUAUCAGAAGAAAAUCCUCUGGCUUCAAGUGAUGUACUUCUUGCAGUGUCUAACAACAUAGAUGCAGCUACAGACAGCAGCUACACUUCUGGUACUGAGCAAAAUGACAGCCAAGGAAUUGGCAAGAAACGAAGAGCAACGGGAGAAGGAUCCUCUCCUGAAAUCCCCAGUCUGGAAAGAAAGAAUAAAAGAAGAAAAAUCAAAGGUAAAAAAGAACGUUCUCAAGUAGACCAGUUGUUGGCUGUUUCACUGAGAGAAGAAGAAUUGAGCAAGUCCUUGCAUAAUGUGGACAAUAAUCUCUUGCAAGCUAGAGCCGCCCUGCAGGCUGCAUAUGUUGAGAUUCAGCGGCUCCUGGUGUUAAAGCAACAGAUAACCAUGGAAAUGAGUGCUCUGAGAAGCCAAAGAAUCCAGGUCUUGCAAGGGCUACAAGAGUCGUAUGGACCUUCAGAACUGUCAGAGCAACUCCCAGUUAGUGUCUCAACUGAGAGAAGAAACAGCAAAUCUCUGGUGUCAGCUGAUUUGCUUCCUACAGGCUCUUUCUUGCCCCUUUUGGACACUUUGUCUCCUGUACCUUCAUUGGGACCUUCUGUUCACGUAAACACAUUAACACCAUUCCAUUCUGGCAUCACGUUCACCACUCCUCCAGAUUCCUCAGUACAAAUUAAACAAGAACCUGUGUCUCCAGAAGCCUCAGAAGAAAAUGUGAAUUCUGUACUCCAGAGCUCUCUUUGUGCUUCACGAACAGAAGUGGUAGCACAGAAAGAAGGAUCAGUUUAACACAUUCCUGUGGAACACCGCUUUUAGCCCACCAGUCAUAUAGGAAAACCUGGCACCCACCAACACUGUACAAUUAAAUUUGAGACGAAAAGCUAAUUUUCUUGAAGUAACGGGCCUUGAACCUUCUCUACAAAGCUGGAAGAUAACAGCUAAACUAUCACUUAAAACCACUCCCAUAUACAAAGUCUUCAGGUUGGAGAAGGCUGAGAAAGAUGGUAAAGGAGAUUCUAUAGAACAGUUUAAAAUCUCCAAUAAAAUAUUUUUUGUAAAGGAA